GCUCAGACUGCUUUUAGGUGUCAGCGUGCGCGCUCUUCACUUCUCCAUUGUGUGUGGACGCUGGUCUCGUCUGCGUCUUCCUGCUUCUCCUUAGACCAGAGCCUCUUCCCCGGCACAGAAAUUUUAUGAAUAAGCCCCAGAAGCCGGUUCUAACAGGCCAGCGGUUCAAAACAAGAAAGAGGGAUGAAAAGGAAAAAUUUGAGCCUACUGUCUUUCGGGAUACAAUUGUCCAAGGUCUUAAUGAAGCUGGUGACGACCUGGAAGCGGUAGCCAAAUUUCUGGAUGCUACGGGCUCAAGGCUAGAUUACCGACGCUAUGCUGACACUCUGUUUGAUAUUUUGAUAGCUGGCAGUAUGCUAGCUCCAGGUGGGACAAGAAUAGAUGAUCAUGAUAAGACCAAGAUGACAAACCAGUGUGUGUUUUCUGCAGAUGAAGAUCAUGAUGCUCUCCGACACUAUGCUCAGGUCUUCAAUAAGCUGAUCAGGAGAUAUAAAUAUUUGGAAAAGGCAUUUGAAGAUGAAAUCAAAAAGCUCCUGUUAUUUCUUAAAGCCUUUUCUGAAACUGAGCAGGCAAAAUUGGCAAUCCUCACUGGAAUCUUGCUAGCUAAUGGAACACUACCUGCUACCAUUUUAACAAGCCUUUUCACUGACAACAUUGUUAAAGAAGGUAUAGCAGCUUCUUUUGCUGUCAAGCUUUUUAAAGCAUGGAUGCUUGAGAAAGAUGCCAACUCUGUUACCUCUUCUUUAAGAAAGACUAAUUUAGACAAGAGACUGCUUGAACUGUUUCCAGCCAAUCGACAGAAUGUGGACCAUUUUGCCAAAUAUUUCACAGAUGCUGGCCUAAAAGAGCUUUCAGAUUUCCUUAGAGUCCAGCAGUCAUUGGGGACCCGAAAAGAACUACAAAGAGAACUCCAGGAACGUCUUUCUCAAGAAUGUCCAAUUAAAGAGAUGGUGCUUUAUGUAAAAGAAGAAAUGAAAAAAAAUGAUCUGCCGGAACCAGCAGUGAUUGGACUCCUGUGGACUUGUAUAAUGAAUGCUGUUGAAUGGAACAAGAAAGAAGAGCUGGUUGCAGAACAAGCACUUAAGCAUUUGAAGCAAUAUGCACCUUUACUGGCAGUGUUCAGCACCCAAGGCCAGUCAGAACUGAUCCUUCUUCAGAAAGUUCAAGAAUAUUGUUAUGAUAACAUCCACUUUAUGAAAGCCUUUCAGAAGAUUGUGGUGCUCUUUUAUAAAGCUGAUGUCCUAAGUGAAGAAGCCAUUUUGAAAUGGUUCAAAGAGGCGCAUCUUGCUAAAGGCAAAAGUGUGUUUCUUGAUCAAAUGAAGAAGUUUGUGGAAUGGCUGAAAAAUGCUGAAGAAGAAUCUGAAUCUGAACGGGAUGAAAAUCAAGAUGGCUGAACAAAGCACAAACAUGAUUACAGCUGGCUGCUAUUUCAUAAUUUUGUACUAUCCAAGCAGGAUUCUUCCUUGGGUGUCAUAGUGAAACUUUAGGACAGAUUUUUUUUCUUUGUUAGUUUGUUUAGAAAAAUAAAAUAUUGGAGGCCUGAAGCAUUGGUUGUUAUACAUGAGCCUCUUUUGGCAAGCUGUAUGCUAACAUAGACAAUGGCAUUCAGCAAGGAGACAGUUAGAGAAAUUGAAAUUAAAAGCUUAAGGACUUUUUGUUGGCAUAUUUUCAGGUACUAGUCUCUGCCCAUAAGGGUUUUUUUGUUUUUUGUUUUUGAUCUGUGUACACAGUUCAGUAUUUGUUUGUGUAUGUGAGUCAACAUCAUUAUGUUUUUUUAAUUAAAUGGCUUUUAUAUA